CAUGUUUGUUUCAAAUCUAUGUGUAUUGUUAACGUUAAUUCAUUUUGGAGUUGCCUCCGACUUAGACGAAGCCGUCGCCAUUAUGACUUGCGCUAAAGCAGCCUUUAGCGUUGGCGUUCCUGAAUUAAAUGUCCCCUCUUACGAACCCUUUUAUCAGAUGGAACGAAACUUUAGCUUCCGUGGAGACAUCGGAUCUUACACCGGAGCUGAAGUCACGCUCAGCCAGAUAAAAUGGACGGGAUUAACCUACUGGGACGUUAUCGCUGCUCAAUCGAGCCUCGACUCGAAUCCGAACGCUCAUUUUCCAUUUUUACUGAACUGGAAGACCCUGGAUAUCGACGGACAUUUCGAUAUGGUGGAAGAUAAGGGGGUUGUCAUUUUGGAACAGCACGGAAGUUUCUCCCUUUCUUUUAGUAAUUCUAACUGGAAAGGAUUGGUAGACGUCACGAAACCUACUAGUAAAAGUAAUGGAUCUAUUAAUGAUUGCCAGAUUGAUUGGUCCACUAAAUAUUUAACGGUGGUAAUAGAUGGUUUGGGUAUACUGGACGAACCGAUUUCAAAAAGUAUUCAAACUAAGCUAUUUGCAGCUUUAAACAAGCAUCAAAUCGGAAACGUUAUUGGGGAAUACAUAAAGGACGUGUUGAAAACGUGGUGGGACGAGGGCAAAGUGUGGAGACUGAUGGAGUGGUGCGAAAAAAACCCUUCCUAUCAAUAAUAAGAUAAAAAAAUGUAAAAAUAAAAUAAAAGCAUUUGAAGUGCGUCUUGAGUAUUUGGCCCACUUUUA